AUGACUAUAAUCGAAGAUGCCGAAAUCUAUGCCACUCAUGCCAAGAAGGCCAAUACGGAUGCAGAUGACAUACAGUUAGCCAUCCAGAGUGGUAUGGACCAGUCCUUUACGUUUCCACCUUCACAAGAUUCCUGGAGGUUGCUAGGCAUAAGAAUCCCCCUGCCCUUGAUCAAGCCUUACGCAGGUCCUAAUCUUCCACCAGACUACUGUCUGACUGCACCAAACUACAAGUUUAAGUCUUUGCAGAAAAAGUCCUCUGCUGGAAGAAACAUUGUGUUGUGCUUCAGCGUUGGGGCCGUUGCCAGUCGACCCAGCACGCCAACUCUCGCUAUCCUCUCAGUGCAGACAAUGGGCUCUAAAGUGGGAAUGCCGGUCUCACUGAAAGGACAACACUUCACUGUUCAGAUCACUUCCUCUCAAGCCACAUCUACUAAGCCAGCUACCCCAACCACUCCAGGCAUGGUACAGAAUGUCCUCAUCAAUCUCUCUCUCAUCAGCUCCAAAAACAUCCUCAUCACAAACAACAUGGUGUCUCAGAACUUAUCUGGCCACUCGGGUUAG